CACGUGCUCAUGGGUCAUAUCAACAAUAUUGUCCUCAUGGAGAAACGUGCAAGUUUCAGGUAUUUAUCUGUUUAAAAUGGACGAGAGUUUUCAUCAUAUCCUUCACGUCUGUCGGUUGUUUUAAAUAACGUUCGCGUUAGCUUUUUAGCUAAACUCAGGAUUUUGAAAGAAGGGUAGCCAGAUGAAGAUAGCGUUCUCCAGCUCAUAGUGAAAUAUCUGAAGUUUAAUGUGUAGAGAUGAAGGGGAAAUGGAAGCAGAAGAGCAAAAAGAACAAGGGAAAUGCAGUGUUGCAGAAGUACAUGGUGGCAGUGGAUGAGUUUAUUAAAAGCAAAAGUGGCACUGAAGAAGUGGAAAACGACCAUGGCUUGAGGGUUGUAAAAAAGAAAAGCAGAAAGGAGCUGCGCAAAGAAAAGCGAAAAAUGAAAAAAGCCAAAAUGAAGAGUCAUUAUGAGGGUAAAAAGACCCUCAGUUUACCCCUCGACAAUGGUGAAAAUUCAGGAACAGCAGCUGAUAAACAACAGCAGCAGAAAAGGAAGAAGAAAAUGGAGAAAGCAAAGAAAGAUGCAAAAGCACUUUUAAGCAAGUCUGGUAGUGCUCCUUCAGAGGAGUCAGAUAACCCUAAAACAUCCUCAUCGUCCAAGAAAGGCAAGAAAAUCAGUAAGCUUCAGGAAUCCAGAAAAAUGGCACUUCUGGAGGCAAAUCAAGACGAAGACAGAGAGAUAAAGAAAUUAGAGAGGCGCCUGGGAUUAAACAAGAGAAAAAACAAGAAAAGUCUCCCUCAGUCCUUUGUGGCUGAUGGACUUGAUUACAUCCUUGGCAUGCUUGACUCCGGCUCGUCGGCUGCGGCGAUGUAUGAUGAUGAUGAUGAUGUGGACAUGGCCAAGGAGAACUUUGAAAAGCUUGAUGAGAACGACUCUGAGCUGUCAGAUGAGGACGAAAACCCUGGAGAUGAGAUGGCGAGUGAAGGCAGUGAUGAAGAUAUGGAUUCGUUAGAUUCUGAAAAUGAGGAUGAUGAUGAUGAAAUGGUUGAUGAUGAGGAGGAAGCAGAGGAGGAAAUUGGUGAUGAGCAGGAUGAGAGUGAUGCAGCUGGCUCAGACGAUGAAAAUGAAGAGGAAGCAGAGGAAGGAGCAGACACGCCUGACACAAAGACGUCAGAAACUGUCAGCUCUGCAGCGGGGAAGUACGUGCCGCCUCACCUGCGUGGCGCUGGAGACGAUAAACGUAAAGCGGAGCUCGAAAAGCUGAAGAGGAAUGUGAAAGGCCUGGUAAACAGGCUGAGUGAGCCCAACAUGGCGUCCAUCAGCGGUCAGCUGGAGGAGCUGUACAUGAGCUGCAGCAGGAAGGACAUGAAUGACACCCUGACGGAGGUGCUGCUGGCAGCCUGCGUCACCCCAGCCCUGAUGCCGGACAGACUGCUGAUGGAGCACGUCCUGCUCGUCAGCAUCCUCCAUCACGCCGUCGGGUUGGAGGUGGGAGCCCAUUUUCUGGAGACAGUUGUGCGAAAGUUCGACGAGGUGUACAAGAACCCCACGGAGGGCAAGGAGUGCGACAACCUGGUCGCCAUUGUUGGUCACCUCUACAACUUCCAGGUGGUGCAUUCCGUCCUCAUCUUCGACAUCCUGAAACUUUUCAUUGGAGCCUUUACAGAGAAGGAUGUCGAGCUGGUUUUGUUUGUGCUGAGGAAUGUCGGCUUUGGCCUGAGGAAGGACGACGCUAUGGCUCUUAAGGAGCUCAUCUCUGAGGGCCAGCGCAAGGCCAGCGACAUGGGGUCAAAGUUCAAGGAUCAGACCAGGGUGCGUUUCAUGCUAGAAACCAUGCUGGCUUUGAAGAACAAUGACAUGCGGAAGAUCCCAGGCUACGAUCCUGAGCCCGUGGAGAGACUGAGGAAGUUGCAGAGGACACUGAUCCACCGGAGCGCUGCUGGCAGUGACGUGAAACUGAGGGUCUCUCUGGACAACCUCCUGGCAGCAGAGCAAGUGGGCCGUUGGUGGAUCGUUGGCUCCUCGUGGAGUGGAGCGCCCAUGAUCCGCGAACAAGGGAGGACGACCUCCAAACCGAGUGCUGCUGAAGGACAGUUUAGUGCCAAAGUCCUGGAGCUGGCCAGGAAACAGAGGAUGAACACUGAGGUCAGAAGAAACAUCUUCUGUGUGAUUAUGACCAGCGAGGAUUACCUGGAUGCGUUCGAGAAACUGCUCAGGAUGGGCCUGAAGGACAAGCAGGAGAGGGAGAUUGUUCACGUUCUGAUGGACUGCUGUCUGCAGGAGAAAACCUUCAACGCAUAUUACGCCGUACUGGGAGAGAAAUUCUGCUGCCAAGAUCGCCGCUUCCAGAUGACUUUCCAGUUCAGCCUAUGGGACAAAUUCAAGGAGCUGUCCAACCUUCCCAACAGCACCUUCAACAACCUGGUCCAGCUGGUUACCCGCCUCCUUCAGAGGAAGUGCCUCUCGCUCUCCAUACUCAAAGUAAUAGAGUUUGGGGAGCUAGAUAAGCCCACGGUGCGCUUCUUGCGUCAGGUGCUGACUAAACUGCUAAAAGAAGCUGAGCCCGAGGACCUCGCCAGCAUAUUUGGAAGGAUUUCAGGAAUUCCCAAGCUAGGAAUGCUGCGGGAGGGCUUGAAGCUUUUCAUCAGCCACUUCCUGCUGAAGAAUGCCCAGUCACAGGGACCAGCUGAGCAAGCAGCGCUGCUGUCAGAGCGCGCCCAGGUCGCCACCAAAGCCAUGGAGGCCAAAGAGGCCAAGCUGAAACUGUAAAACACACACACCAGAAACCCAACAGACGCAUGUAAGAAAACUGUGGGAGAGAAGAAGGCUUGUUCGUGAGAAUUGUCUCCGAAUACAAAGAACCCAAACCUGCAGCUUUCUGCAAAGAAUAAAUAUGUUUUUGAUAAUAAAUUAAUGAUUUUGCUUUGGGGAGUCAUUGUACAUAAUUUUUACCAUAAGGACUUUUAAAACUGGGAGGUACUGAAUCCUUUAGUAACACACCAGUCUUAGUGCUGUGAAUAUUAUUUUAAUGCAGUGUGUGUUGGUUGAGCCUUAUUUUUCUGCAAUAAAUGACAACAGGUUUUGCUUAUGACAAUUUGAUAGUUGGAUAUUUUAUAUAUUUCAAAUACAUUGUCCAUGCUUGUUCAUUUGUUCAUCAAAAUAUGUUCAUACAGUCUAUUCAUAAAAACCUCAAUAAAUCUGAUA